AUGAAUAAUACAAAGAGAUUAUUGGUUAAGAAUAUACCAAAGACUGCACAGAGGAAUGAGGUCAUCGAUAGAUUAAAGACAUUAUGUCAUAACUCACCAUUGGUUACGAUUACAAUGCCAUUGAUCGUGCCUCCAACCAUAGAGCUACCUUCACCAGACACUACAAUAGCAUUGAUCUCUGUCAAUGAUAUUACACAGAUGCCUAAUUUCAAGACAGCGUUACAUGGCAAGGUGAUUGGAGAGAAUAAGUUACAGGUUGAGAUAUAUGAUAUAAAGCCUCAACCACCAAAGAAGGUGGCGUUACCAACUCAGACAAAGUCGUCAACUGUGGCGACUACUACAACACCCACUCAGACAUCUUUUGCCACAAAGGCAAAGUCGUCCUCGGCCUCGGGCUCGACCACCACCACGAAUACAACAAAGACAGCUACUUCUGAAGAGCGACAAAAGAAGUCUGCGACUGCAACUGCGACCACACCAGCGACGACAACACCAUCUACAACUACAACGACUACCACUACAGCGACGACACAACAAGAUUACAAACGAGCGAGAGAGGAUGGAAAUGGAACAAGUGAAGGUGACAAGGUUGUAACAAAGAAGAAGAAGAGCGAUAAAGUUAAUGGUGACAAUAAGAUUGUGGCUGUGGAAAAGAAGAAUGAAGAGACAAAUGGUGAUGAUGAUGAUGUUGAUGUUGAAGGCGAGGAUGAAGAGCAAGAAGUCAAUGGCGACGCUGCCAAGAAGAAGGUAGUUGCUCCACCAAGUGUCAGGAACAACAAGAAGGUCGUCAACAAGAUUACACAACAGUUGGUAUUCUUCUCCGAGAAGAAGGACUUCCAACAGAUUAGGAAUAGUUAUAAUUACUUGAAGAGGAUUGGAGCAAGACCUGAUCAUAUUGCAUUUGGAGUAUUGCUCAACUCUUGUGUUAGAUGCCAAGAAUGGGGCAUGGCAAAGGAGGUGUUUGACGACGCCAUCAACAGUGAGAAGGGCGCCAACGAGGUCAUCUACACGACAUUCAUCAAGGCAUUGUGCGAGACUGAUAUGCCUGCCGCCGAAGCGAUGGUCGACACAAUGAAGCAGGUGGGCAUCCCACCAAAUGCACGUUCCUACAACUCUGUGCUGCGUGGAUGUAUUAGAAGUGGCGACGUGGACAUUGCCCAGCGACUCUACACCGACAUGAAGAAGCAGAAGUUGGACGACAGCUCUACCAUCGAGUACCUGAUCAAGAUAUACGCGCAACAUCUGAUGAUCACUGAUUGCUGGCAAUUACUGGGCGAUAAGUACGAGGCGAUGGAGACAGAGAUCUCGCCCAUCGUGUUCUCUCGUCUCUCACUGGCUGCUCUGCUGGCGGGCGAUCUCAAGAGCGCCGUCAAGGCGUUGGGCAUUAUCGAUGACAUCCUAUCGAGAGCGCCUCGAUCCAUUGGCGUGGCGUCACAAUCACACAAGAACAAGGGCAAGAAAUCCGAGUCCAACAAAGUGUCCGCAUCACUCUUUGAGCGUAUCAAUCGACAAGAGAUUAACGAAGAGUCUGAGCGUGUUCGAGCAUGUCUCCAACGUCUAUCCAAACAACAAGUCAAGGUCAAGUGCCAACCGAUGGAAUGGUCCAAGAAGAUAUUCUUCUCGCCAGUGACAUUCAGCAACUUGUAUAAGGCCAAUGAUGGCCAGAUGGAGAAGAACUCAUCAUUCAUGGAUAUGUUGUUGCGCGACUCGAGGGACCAGGCCAACCCACGCCCGGUAAAGAUGGAGAUAUGUUCCGGCCACGGACAUUGGAUCACAAAGCGCGCGGCAGAAGACUCUGAAUCAGACUGGCUCUCUGUGGAGAUACGUUACGAUCGUGUCUUCCAGAUCUGGUCCAAGAUGAUACUCGAGUCCAUCGACAACCUCUACCUGAUGGCGGGUGAUGCGCACGAGGUGCUCAAGAGCAACGUGCCCACCGGCACGCUGGACGAGGUGUACAUCAACUAUCCCAACCCGCCCGUGUGGCCUGGCGCCAAGCGUCUGAUCGAUCACGACUUUUUGGUGGAGAUCAACCGGUCGCUCAAGAAGGAUGGCACGCUGACCAUCGUCACUGAUGACAAGCCCUAUGCCGACUCGAUCGUCCUGGUGCUUCGCCAGUCAAAGAAGUUGGCUCGCAUCUAUAAGCCCGUCAAAGAGGACUACAUCUGUCCACUGGAGGAGGACUAUGGAUACUCCUACUUCAACAAACUGUGGUCCAACGGUCAGAGAAUGAAGAGAUACUGUAUCUAUGUCAUUAAAGAUUGUUGA